AAAUAAUACAAAGUGGGGUCUUGAGAGUCUUGAGUUUACUUUCAUUUCGAAUCCAUCGUUUAACUUCAUGGUCGCAUGUUAUAAACUCCGGUGUUAGUCACGUCGUGACAGUGGUGCCUCGUGGCUGUCUGUUUUCUUAAAUUAUUUGUACAUCUUAUGUGUAUUUUUAAAAUUAAAUAUAUAUUUUAUAAAUUUAUUUAAGUGUAAUCCAAAAAAAAAAAAACCUUUCUUUCGAUCGAUAAUUCAAAAUGAAUUAUUUUAUUUCAAUUUAAAUUGUGAUUCACCUAUUUUUGGAUCAAUUGGAUUUAUAUAGAAAAAAAUCAGCUUUUAGCGAUAAAAUAAUUAAAUAAUUAUAAUAAUGGAACGUGAUUUACAUGAACGUGAUCGAGUUGGUGUACAAGAUUUAGUACUCCUCGAGGAUUUUCAAAGUGAAACAGCAUUUAUUGAUAAUUUACGAAAAAGAUUCAAGGAGAAUCUCAUCUACACUUACAUUGGCCAAGUACUGAUAUCAAUUAAUCCAUAUAAAAAUUUGUCAAUUUAUGAUACAGCUGUUGUUGAAUAUUACGAAGGAAGAAAUUUUUUUGAAGCUCCACCACACGUAUUUGCAUUAACAGAUACUGCAUAUCGUUCAUUAAAAAAAGAAAAUCGUGAUCAAUGUAUUUUAAUAUCAGGUGAAUCAGGCUCAGGUAAAACAGAGGCAUCAAAAAAAAUUUUACAAUUUAUAGCAGCAGCAACAAAGCAUAAAAAAAAAGUUGAAGCAGUUAAUGAUAAAUUAAUUGGAAGUAAUCCAGUACUUGAAGCAUUUGGUAAUGCUAAAACAAAUCGAAAUGAUAACUCAUCACGUUUUGGUAAAUACAUGGAUAUUGAAUUUGACUUUCAGGGUGAUCCAGUUGGUGGAAAUAUAUUAAAUUAUUUACUAGAAAAAUCACGUGUUACUCAUCAAUCAUCUGGUGAACGUAAUUUUCAUAUUUUUUAUCAGCUAUUAGCUGGUGCUGAUGAUGAAAAGUUACGUAAAUUAUAUUUAAAAAGAAAUUUAGAUACAUAUUAUUAUCUAAGCAAUGGGACAAAAGGAAAAACUGAUACAAUUGAUGAUGUAAAACAAUACCACCUUGUAUUAGAUGCAAUGAAAACAGUUGAAUUAAAAGAACAAGAACAAGAUGAUUUAUUUGGUAUUGUUGCAUCAGUUCUUCAUAUGGGAAAUGUUGGUUUUACUGAGGAAGAUGGAAAAGCCAAAAUACUUAAACCAGCAUCAGUUGAUGCAAUUGCAACACUUCUUGGUUGUGAUACUGAAAAACUUGCUGAAGCAUUUACCCAGAGAACGAUUGAUGCUCAUGGUGAUGUUGUGACAUCACCAUUGAAUAGAGAACUAGCUAUUUAUGCACGUGAUGCAUUGGCAAAAGCUGUUUAUGAUAGAUUAUUUACUUGGCUUGUUAAUAGAUUAAAUAGAUCACUUCAAUCAACCACCAUCAAAGGACAUCAUGGUGUUAUUGGAAUUUUGGAUAUUUAUGGUUUUGAAAUAUUCAAAAAAAAUAGUUUUGAGCAAUUUUGUAUUAAUUUUUGUAAUGAAAAAUUACAACAAUUAUUUAUUCAAUUGACAUUAAAAUCAGAGCAAGAAGAGUAUCUUCGUGAGGGAAUAACUUGGGAACACAUUGACUAUUUUAAUAAUCAAGUUAUUUGUGAUUUAAUUGAAGAAAAACACAAAGGAAUUAUAUCAUUUUUGGAUGAAGAAUGUCUUCGUCCUGGUGAUCCAACUGAUUUGAGUUUUUUGGAAAAACUAAAUUUUCAUCUUGAUGAUCACAAGCAUUAUAUCAGUCAUAAAAAAGCUGAUAUUCAUACCCAAAAAACUAUGGGGAGAGAUGAAUUUAUGCUUGUUCAUUAUGCUGGAGAUGUGACUUAUAAUGUAAUUGGAUUUUUAGAAAAAAAUAAUGAUUUAUUAUUUCGUGAUCUACGUGAGAUAAUGUCAAAUACAAAAAAUUCCAUAACUCAUGCAAUAUUUAAUGUCAAAGAUUUAACAAGUAAAAAACGUCCAGAAACAGCUGUAACACAAUUUAAAAAUAGUUUGAAUAAUCUUGUUGAUAUACUAAUGGGAAAGGAGCCAUCAUACAUACGUUGUAUAAAACCAAAUGAUUUUAAAAAAUCAGGACAAUUUGAUGAUAAAAUUGUGUUGCAUCAAAUUAAAUAUCUUGGCUUGAUGGAAAAUUUAAGAGUUAGAAGAGCUGGUUUUGCAUACAGAAGACCAUAUGAUCAAUUUCUUGAAAGAUACAAAUCACUUUGUCCAAAAACAUGGCCAUCAUAUCCAGGCCCAUCAACAGAAGGUGUUCAAGUAUUGGUUAAUCAUUUGAAAUUUCAGGAAAAUGAAUAUCAAAUGGGAAAAACAAAAAUAUUUAUAAGAUUUCCAAAAACAUUAUUCAAUACUGAGGAUGCAUUUCAAAAUAAAAAAAAUGAUAUUGCAGCAAUAAUACAAAGUAAAUGGAAAGGAAGACAACAAAGAAAACGUUAUUUACAUUAUCGUAAUUGUAUUAUAAUAAUACAAAAAUACAUACGUCGUUAUCAGGCUAAAAAAAUUGCUGAUAAACGUAAAAAAGCUGUUGUAAUAAUAAGAUCAUUUAUUGAAGGUUUUAUAACGAGAAAUGGUCCACCAACAAAUGUCAAUGCUGCAUUUAUUGAACUUGGUAAAAAUCAAUGGUUAUUACGUUUAUCGAAACGUUUACCACCAAAUUUAUUAAGUUCAUAUUGGCCAGAUUGUCCAUAUUCAUGUCGUGAAGCAUCACAACAACUUCAUGAUAUUUAUAGAAAAUGGUUGGCACGUAAAUAUCGAUUGGAACUAAGUGAAAUUAAUAAAAAACAAUUUCAACUUAAAAUACUUGCUGAAACAUUAUUUAAAGAUAAAAAAAAAUCUUAUCAAGCUAGUUUUAAGGAUAAAUUUUUAAAUGAACGUUUUGAAAAUGAAUAUUCAGAAUUGAGGGAAUAUUUUGUUAGUAAUAUUUUACCAGCUGGAGAAAAUAUAAAGUAUGGAACACCUGUUACUAAGUUUGAUAGACAUGGUUACAAACAACGUGAAAGAGUAUUAAUUUUAACUGAGAAGGCUGUUUAUAUUAUUGAUACUAAAUCAUUGAAGUUGAAGCAUCGUUUUUCUUAUGAAAUAAUCAUUGAGCUUGCUGUUACUGGAGAGUCUGAUAAUUUAUUAAUUGUCAGAAUUCCAACAGAUUUAAAAAAAGAUAAAGGAGAUUUAAUUCUUGAGGUACCAUAUUUAAUUGAGGCUGUUACUAAAGCCAUUGAUAUCACAAAUAAUCCAAAAAUAUUGAACAUUGUUCACAAAGAUUCACUUUCACACAAACUAGUCAAUGGAAAAGAAGGCACGAUAGACUUUAUCAAUGGCAACACUAGAGCUAUCAGUAAAAAUCGUGAAAAUGGCCAUCUUCUAGUGGUCAACAAAAUAUAGACUAUUUUUAACUUUUGUAAAUUGAAAAAGAAAAAACAACUAUUUACAUAAUUAAAAAAUAUAUUCUGUUUGAUAACUUGUUUUUUGUUGAAAAUAAAAAAAGAGACAAAUUUUAAAUAUAAUCAAACAGCCUUACCAAUGUGAUAGAAAAUCACAAAAAAAAAAAUAUUAAAAAGCAAAGAAGAAAGAAUAAUAUAUAUUUUAAGAAAAGAUAAAAAUAUUAUGCCUUAAUUGUGCCAUUAUAUUUUUAAUUAACUAUAAUUGUUGUAUAAAAAAUUGUGAAAUACAAUUUUCAUUUUAAAAUUGUAAAGAAUUUGUAUUUUUUAAUUUUCUUUAUAUUCAUGAUAAUGUUACUAUCAUAUUUUUUAAAUUGAACAAUUAUAUAUUUAUAAAAAGAAAAUUUACAUAAAAAUAUACAGCUUACAAUAAUUA